AUGGACAUUCAAGGCAGGAGAACCACUCGAGCUCAAGCCAAUGUCAAUGAAAAUCUAGUAAAGAGAACAGCUGCUGGAAAAGAAGCACUUUUGACGAGAAGACCAGCACUAAAAGACCAACGAAAUGGAGCAAAUAUAGCGCUUGCUGAACGUGCUACCGCCAAGCCGAUAGCAAAAGCUACCAGAUCUGCAGCAGUUAAACCAGCGCCUAUAAUCCAAAGUCAACAGAAACAGGAUAUUGUGCCCGAAAGUCGUGUCCAUCCUGAAGUUACUGGAAUUGAGCGUGAAAUCCAGUUCGUGGAAUUUUGCGACCAGUUGCGGACUACACUAUAUACAGUAGGCAAAAUUUAUGUGGCCGACACUUUCGGGCUCAACCUCGGUAAAUGA